AUGUCUGAGGGGUAUGCAAUUGAGCUUUAUUUUGAUCCCGCUCUUGAAAACCAAGUUUUAAAGGCAUGGAAUGUGGUCGCUCGUCGCCAAAUUAGCACUCACCUUAUAGAAAUCGAAUCUAGACCUCAUAUUACUCUCUUUUCUAGCCCUUUUAUCGAUCCAUCAAAGCUUGAAAACAUCGUAAAAGGUUUUGCAUCAAAGCAAGACCCUUUACCCUUAUCUUUUGGUUCAAUCGGAAGUCUUCCAAAUGACAACAAUGUCUUAUUCCUUGCUCCAACUCCUACUUUACCCCUCCUUCAAUUCCAUUUCCAAUUAUGUGAUGCGAUGAAGAGGGAAGGUAUUGAAAUUGGUGAAGAGUAUCGCCCAGAUUCAUGGAUUCCAUUCUGUCCUGUUGCUGAAGAGGUUCCAAAGAAUCGAAUGGCUGAAGCUUUUACAGUUUUGAGGGAUUUGAAGUUGCCUGUUACCGGAUAUGCGAUGGAUAUUGGAUUGGUGGAAUACUCUCCUGUUCGUGAACUCUUUUCCUUUGUGCUUGGUAGCUCGGUUGAAUCUUGA